UCAUAUUCUCUCGAGGCUUUGAGUUUACCCACGGCGAUGCAACUCGUCCGCUUGGUCCGGAUCCUCUCCUCUCUUACGCGUCUCGCCUCUUUCUGCUCUCCCUUCUCCUCCUCCGCGGAAGGAACGGCGCGUCUGCUCCGCGUCGGCGACGUGCUCCGGGAAUCGAGGCGGUUCUCUGAGUCGGAUGUGGUCCGGUACUCCGAGGUGACCGGCGACCGCAACCCCGUCCACUUCGACGACGCGUUCGCCCGCACCGUCGCCGGCUUCGACGGAGGCCGCGUCGUCCACGGCAUGCUAGUCGCCUCGCUCUUCCCUUCCGUCAUCGCCUCUCAUUUGCCUGGAGCAGCGUAUGUUUCUCAGACUUUGACGUUUAAGUUGCCUGUCUACGUUGGUGAUGAGGUUCUUGCUGAAGUGCAAGCAACAUAUCUGCGGCAAUACAAGAACAAAUACAUGGUGAAGUUUACUACGAAAUGCUUUACAAAUGAGGACACUCUUGUUGUCGCGGGGGAAGCAACAACUAUUAUACCAACACUAACUUUGAGCAAAUAACAAGAACUCGCAUGCACAGCAGAUGGAAAGAUCUUAUCCACUUAUGCCUAUUACAGAGCAUGGCUAGCAAUUAAGACUAACAAGUUCAGUAGGACAUGGGCGAUCAGGUGGAUAAAAAGUCCAUAAGACAUCAACAAAAAGUUCCUUGGGCGAUAAAUCUUGCAGCUGAUGAAGUUGAGUACCUCCACAAAGGCAGUCAAGGAUUUGCAGUCUUUCCAAAUUGAGUUGCAUAUUGGAUAAUGUACUUUGUACUAAACUUUGAUUGUUUGUUACAUACGGUUUUGUAUUUUUCUUGACUGCUUAUUUGGUAUUUCUCGAAAAUAAUUCCAGGUUACUGCAAUGGACUUAUAGAA